GCGUUGGAAGAACCUGCAAAAAGCUUUUUAUUGAACACCUAAUAUGCAAAACUAACUUAUAUACUGCUUGUUCCAACUUAUUGAUUUAGAUACUCCAAUUGAUCAAAAAGGCAUAUAAUGGGAGUUGAAUUCGUAAAUUCCAACUUCAAUACCUUAGAGGAUUUGAGUCUUAUAGCAGAAAAGGUAUCUGAACUUGAGAGAUCAAAGGAUUUGACAGCUAAUGAAGUUAACUCUAGAAUAAAUGGCACCGAGACAUCAUCAUUAUCAGAACAGCCAAAAAUCAAUCUUGAUGAAGAAAAGGUAAACACAUCUAUAGAGAAGAUAUUAUCUGUAGUUAGUUAUGCUGUUGAAGCAGACGAUUUGAAUGAUGCUAUUGAGAAUAUUGAUGCUUUGAUACUAGAAUUUGGUCCAAUUAAAGCAUUUGAAGAAUUGAAAGUGAAAUUACUGGCAAAACUUGCAGCAAUUAGAAGGAUAGAAUUAUUGUCUUCUGCAAAACAUCUAGAAUCAGAGUUAUCUCAUGAUUUGGAUGUUGCUGCUUUAGCAAAUGUGGCGUCUAGAAUCAAAGAUUUAAAGAUCAUUGAUACUAGUUUAACUUUUAAAGUUGUUACGCUAUUAGAAAGCAAAGUUCAAAGUAUUAUAAAUGCAAAGAGAGAUCAAUAUGAAACUAAGUUAUCUAAUCUAUUAAAUGAAAGCAAAUGGCUAGCAGUGAAACAAAAGACUGACGUAUCAAUUCCAAUCACAGAGAUUACGUCUGAUGUAAAGAAUUUGGUAGAUUUACAAUGCAUUCAAAAUAUUCCAAUAUACCCUGAAACUUGGUGGGCUUUGGAUAUCUUAUUAUACAAAUUCAUCAUUAGAUUUGAAUAUCAUUUCAAUACCGAUAAAGAGACCAACAAAAUCACCAAACCAGAAUGGGCAUUGAACUUUAUCGAAACAUUCCUUUCCGAAGAUUUGGUUCGUAUAAAUUUAAUUGUUGAAGAUAUAUUCAAACUGAAGAAGAGAAUAGCAACGUAUGAAAUUAUUACUUCAUUACUCAAGCCAUUAAGAGGAAAAAUACUAAACACUUUAUCGUCUUUGAACAAAAGUAUUGAGGUACAUAAAGAAGAUGCAGUUAAUAGAGAGAAAACAGGUAGAUUAUUAAGUCAUUUGAUCUUUGAAUUGUCUUCUUUCGAUCAACGUCUUCGUAAUUCGUACAAAUACAAUCCUCAUAUUGAUGAUUUUGAUCAUGCGCCAACCAAGAAGUGGACUGGUUUAACUGGAGAUGUUUUAUUAAGAGGAAAUGAUGAAAGUUUGGCUGUAUCAAAUUGGUUGAAUUUUGAACAAGAAUUGGCCAACAAAAGAUUCAAUAGUGAAAUUCUUCAACCAGCAGAUGCAUUUAAAAUUGAUUAUGAUUACCAAGGCUCUUCUUAUGAUGGUGAUAAAGAAGAUCUUAGCAAAUCUAAAAAGUUAUUGAAACCAACUUAUUCGGCAUAUGGUUUAGUCAAGUUAUUUGAUAACCUCAGUAGUCAUUUCCAAACAUUAAGUAUUGUCAAAUAUCAAUUGAAGUACGUUUCUUCUAUUCAACUUAAUCUUAUUCAAAUUUAUUUUGAUAAUUUAAAUAGAUUAUUCAAGGACUUCUCAACUACCUUCAAUCAAAAAUCUGUAUUGAAUUUCAUUCCAGGUGGAUUAAACGAGACUCAAGCUAAAACGUCAGACGCUGAUACAAUUGCAAAUGGCUUAAAAGGAUUAGAAAUGCUUACUGAGAUUUAUUGUCUGGCCAAAUUCAUCUCCAAUGCUUUAGAUUAUUGGGGCGAUCAAUUAAUAUAUAUCCAAUUAUGGGAAGCCUACAAAUCCAUUUCAAGUGAAGCUCAGAAUGAUAUUAGUAUCUUUGGAGGCUCCUUAAAGCAAUAUGAUGAUUUCUUAGAGAAAAUCAUUAGUAAAUAUGAAGACUAUUUUAAAAAGGAAAUCAGAUCAGCAAUAAAAGAAUAUGCUAACACAAGUCAAUGGAAUUAUGAAAGCAACUCGAGUGAAGUUGAACCAACAUCAGAUCUCAACAAGUUAGUCAGGUCUCUCAACACUUACUUAGAUCAGUUGAAGAGAGGAAUAUCUCAGUUAGAUUAUGUUUUAGUCACAGACCGUGUCAUAUCCAUAAUAUCACGUACUUUACUAGAAUAUAUCAUAGGUACAAAUACCUUCAGUAAAGCAGGUGUGGAUCAGUUAAAAGUAGAUGUCAACUUUAUAUUUGAAGACUUACGAGUUCCUUUGAAUUUAUUACAUGAUGAAGCCUUUACAAACUUGACUAAUUCAAGCUAUCAAAAGGUACAGCAAUCUCUCCAAGUUUUGGAAAAGGUAGAUUCUGGAUCAGUUAAAGAAUACAAAUCAAAUGUUCAUGAGUUACGUCAACAGUUUGAUCACAAUCUUCUGUCUUUGACCAAUUACGACAUUAAUGAUUUAUUGUUACGUAUUUCAUAGAUUAAUAUAGUUUAUAUAUUAGUACAAAAUAUUUCAGUGCAAAAUAAAAAACAUCAAUUUGGUUGCGCGUACAAAAUCAAAACUAAAAACAAUAACAAUAAUUAUAUGAAUCAACUCUUUUAAACACCAGCUCUGUUUACAUUCAGUAAAGGAAGAUAAUGUCACUAAUACGGAAAAGAGUAAGUCAAACUAAUUAAUUUUUGUUUUGAAGUCUUAGAAAUAUACUAACAGAAUUCAAUAU